AGUUUCAAGAGAGGUCUUAAAAGAGGUCUUAGGCGUUAGCAUGACAUUUCUUCCUUGUUAAUUAAGAAAACAUGAUUACCAUGUGAUUUUCAGGAUAACAAACAGCAUCUGAAUACCGUAGCUGGCCAUAGCAAUGCAUAGGGUAUGAGUUGGCGCUAACCUCCCAAACCAUUGCACUGAUACAGGGAUGGAACCUACAGUACCUGAGGAAAAGCAAACUGAAUGAAAAGGAAAUGGAAUCCGAACUGAUUCAUAAUUACCAGGAUAACCAAGAUGAGGAAGACGCUCCAGAUAUCCUCCCUGAGGAUGCAGAGUGGAGUCUUGCUAAGCAAUGCCUGUCAGUGUUUCUCAUUGAGGUCUACCAGUGUAGAUUCUGCAGUAGCUUUAACUCAACACAGAAGGUGACGGUCACUGGUCAUCUUAAGGAGAAACAUCUGGCAGAGUGGCAGAUCCUUACUGACGUAAACAAUGUGUCUUUGGUGGAUAAAGGGAGCCAAUCCAACGCAGUCAACCAGGAAGACUUAGAGGAAAUGGUGGAGAGAGAACUGACCGAUGAUCAGCUUAGAAUACCUGAGCAAUCACCAAACCAGACGGUUGCCACUGUGGUCCAACAUUCUUCUGUGGAGAAAUCAUCAGACAGCCAUAUUGAUGGAUCAGAAACCUUUGAUAGAAUAUGUGAAACUGAUGUGACCAAAAGCCCUAAACAAUCUGCUGAAGCUGGGGAAAAAUCUAUUAACACUCCUAAAAAUGGAAAAGGGAAGCAAGAGGUGGGAAAGAGGAAGAAGAAGCCUGGCCGUCCGAAGAAGAAAAGACAGUUAUCUCCAGAGGGUGACGGCCAAACCUCUCAGUUGAAGAGAGAUGUAGGACAUGAAUUGACCGAGUCUGCCUGUUUGAAAGACCUCACAGACUUGUCGAGGGAGAGACCAACCAGACCUGGGCUCAGGGGAAAUCGUAAACCUAAGGUUUUCAAGGAUUACGUUGUGAGUAGAUUGUCUAAGAGGAAGAAUGAAGAUGUGAAACAAGGAGAAGAGGAGACGUCAGACUAUGAACAUGUCGACCUGGAAGAUGUAGAACCAGAAGAUCCAGAAAUGGAAGAUGUAGAACCGAAAGAUGUAGAACCAAAAGAUGUAGAACCGAAAGAUGUAGAACCGAAAGAUGUAGAACCGAAACUGCAGUUUGAGUGUGAUAAGUGCGACUUCCACACCUCGAGGGAGUAUAGCCUUCAGAUACAUUUGAGGAAUGUUCAUCACUUUGCGAUGAAAAAGCCAAAGUGUCCCCUGUGUUUCCGUCGCUUUGGGAGUCAUCGUGGCUUAAAGAGACACAGACAAUUCAACAAUUGCAGACCACAAACCAAACGAGCAGAUGUCACGGGUGGAGAGAAAUUGAAGUGCGACCAGUGCGAUUAUCAAUCACCGUCACUGAUCGGGCUUAAAAUACACAAUCGCAUACAUGGACAGCGUCAGGAGAGGAGCUUCCCGUGCGACCUGUGCAGCAGGACAUUUACAUCUCUGAAAGGUGUCCAGUCGCACCAACGCUUCAGAUGUCCUCACUUACAUAACCGGAAAAAAUCACCGACAAGGGCGCACACGUUUCAAUGUACAGAUUGCAAGAUAGUAUGCAAGAAUAGAAAGGUGCUGUUAGAGCACAUGUCCACGCAUAGUUUGAUUCGCAGCCACAAGUGUCACAAAUGUUCAAAGACGUACAAGACAUCCACAUCCCUCUAUAGGCACGUACAGAAACACUUGAGUAUCUUCCUCUCCUGUGCUCAGUGCAACUUUAAGACUCAAUGGAAAUCAAGUCUGAAGAACCAUGUUAACACGAAACAUAAUGGCGAAGAAAGCUUAGAGUACUUCAAAUGCUCUCAAUGCGAAUUCAAGACCAAAAGCAAGUUUUAUAUAAAACGGCAUGAGAACACCCACAGUGAUGAUCGGCCAUUCAUUUGCGAGAUUUGUGGGAAGUCAUUAAAAACAGAAACAGUUCUUAAAAUCCACAUGGAGACUCAUCAGGACCAUAAAUACCCGUGUGCUGAAUGCGACUUUGUCGCUAAAUCGAGAGUGUCCCUCUACGGACAUCGGCUUGUGCACACCUCUCGGGAACAGAUGAGGUAUAAAUGUGAUCAAUGCGAUUGGGCAGGUAAACGGAAGAACGAGUUGAAAAUGCACUACCGUAAGCACUUCACUGCAAAGUUGUAUCAGUGUGGUCACUGCGGAAAGUCAUACAAGCACAAUCAUGGACUGACGAGACAUUUGAAAGAAAAGCACUUUCUCUACUCUAGACGUCUCUCUGCCCCAGAGGGAGGACUAGCGUCCGAGGACGAACCGAUUGACAUUCAUGUCUUAAAUAGUAUUCAGGUUGAAGAUAUCACCCCCAGUAAACAGAUCAACAUACAGAUCAACUCCCAACAUCUUAGAGAGACACAGCUCCUGCAGGAAGCGCAAGAGGACCAUCAUCAGGCACUACUCCAAGAUCAGGAGUCACUCCAAGCCCAAGCUAGUAUCAUGAACAGCAUACACGUCACUCACAUUAUUCAAACAAGCCAGGAAGAGAUGGCACAAGUUCAAGACGACUCUGAUUUCUCACAUUCGACAGGCGAUGAUGACUCGAGGGUGGUCUCACAGAUCGUCAAACAGUAUCAGAUCAUUCACGACUCACAAGACAUCGAUCAUCCAGAGGACAAUCUGAAUCAAGACGAGUGCACACUCGAGGAUCACGUCAUCCAGCAAUCCAAUGUGGCUAUGACCUCCGUACCUGUGGCUCAGUUCUAUGAGAUCACAACGACAGACGUAACGGCGACAUGAGUCAUGAUCAGAAUCAGCUGUCUUGCUAAGCAGUGUAGUGCAGGGAUUUGAAUCCAGGGCCUAAUUUCAUAGAGCUGCUUAACGACCAAUUUUGUGCUUAUUAAGCGAUUUUCCAUUCUAUGCUUAUAAAUGUAUGCACACGAAAGGGCAUGCGAAAAUGAAUGACGUUAAAGUAAAUUCAGGGUGAACAUUUAAUCUGGCCGUCUGGUUUUCUUGCUAAACAUAGACAUGUUAGAAUACAAUGGUGCUUCAUUUAAGCAUUUUUUUUCUGCUAUAGUUAGCAGGAAAGUUUGCUUACCAUUAAGCAGCUCUUUGAAAUUUGGUCAUGCCACUUAGUAUCCUUGAGCCAAUUACUUUUCUGUAACUGCUUCUCCUCACCUAUGGGUUAUAAAUGGGUACAUGUACAACAUGUACAUGUAAGGAAAGAGGUUUAUAUGUUGUUUAAAAAAAAACAGGA